AUGCCAUACGCCGACUUCUUCGAAUACCGCCGCUCUGGCCUCCUCGCACUACUUGAACGCAUCGAAGAAGGAGACCGCGAUGAGCUCGACUACAUAAGUUCUAAGAUCUAUACCGACACUCGCAACGACUCUGUCCCGAUCUACGACCUUAGCUGCUUUGGUGCCAUCAUGAGUCUAUGCCAUGCUGACUGGAUGGAAGCUGAGAGCGGUCGUCUUCUUACUGCUCACGCCUAUGUGUUGCAACGCGCUGCUGCAGCUACUCUCAACCCAAACGCCAUCGAGAACAUUGAUGAAGAGCUCCCAAGAGGCUUCUGCUCGAGUACCGGCCUGUUCAAGGUGGGUCCAAGGUUUCCGGGCGCGAGAGUACCAUACACUGGUCCCAUUGGCGAUGUGACUGAGAUGAGACUGGUCUAUCGUGACCUCGGAUAUGCUCACAAGAUCAACGAGUUCGAUACUUACCCUGAGAGAGUCAUGAAUGACGCUCCCUUGAGAAAGGCUUGGGAGGAGAGAGCUCGCAGAUUGAUUGACGAGGGUCUGAUUGGACAACGCCAAGUCAACAUGGACACUUUCGGCCGCGAAUUCUAUCCCUACUACAACGUCAGGCCUGGAGACACCAUCUCGAACGUUGUCAUCGCGAAAGAUUCCAAGGGUAUUCCACAGGUUGUUGAUGCCACCAUCGUCAGCGGCUCUAGCACUACGACCAACGAUCAGCAGAACAUUGGCGUCGGCGAAGAGGACGAACAUCAAACUGAGGGACACGAUCAAGCCGAAGUCGAAGCUCUCGAACGCAAGAAGGCCAAGAACCGCAAGAAGAACCAGAAGAGAAAGGUCAACAAGAAGGCUCAAAAGGCUGGGCAGCAAGAGGAAGAGGCCUCGGAGUCACACCUUGCCGACCACCUGGCUGAGAAUUACACUCUGGAAUCGAGUGAUACCGUCGUGGACGAUAGUGGCUUGAUUGAAGGUGUUAAUGCGCGAUGA